CAAAAGGAUAAUCGAAAUUGUUUGUUACAUUCAAACCUCGCCGUCAGCCUCCGCCGCAACCCCACCGGAGCCUCAACUCAUCUUCCGCCGCAACUCCACCGCACGCAUUCACCUUCACCACUACUAUGGUAUGUUGUUUCGUCUCUUGAAUUUCCCUUCCAUCAUUCUGUUCAAAAAACCAUUCUCCAUAACCAUAACCAAAACCAAAACCAUUCACUUCACCAAAUUCACCUUUUCUUCCUCUGCUCUUGCACUCUCAAAUUUCUCAGAUACCCAUUUCACAAAACCCUCAAAAAUCUCAUCUUUUCACCCAAACACCUUCCAAGUCCUCCAAAAACUAUACCUUUAUCAAAACAACCCUUCUCUUGCACUCUCUUACUUCACUCACCUCAACCACCUUGGUUUCUCUCACAAUAUUCAAACCUAUGCUUCUUUCAUUAGAAUACUAUGUUAUUGGAAUUGCAUUAGAAAGUUGGAUUCUUUGUUUAUUGAUAUCAUUGCUCAUUCCAAACAAGACCCAUCAUUUAAAAUCAAUGACUUGUUUGAUUCUUUGUUUGAAGGUGUUGAUGUGAAUCAUGAUCAUUACUUGCUUAGAGCUUUUGAUGGGUUUGUUAAAGCUUGUGUUAGUGUUAAUAUGUUUGAUGAAGCUAUUGAUUUCUUGUUACAAACUAGGAAGAAUGUUGUGAUUUUGCCAAAUAUACGUUCUUUUAACUUUCUUAUUAACCGUUUGGUUAUACAUGAUAGAGUCGAUACGGCGUUGUUUUUAGUCGAAAGAUUCAAGAGUUUUGGUUUGAUAUCCAACUGUUACAGCUACGCUAUUAUCAUCAAAGCGCGAUGUAAGAAGGGUGAUUUGGAAAACGCGAUUGGUGUGUUUGACGAAAUGAAGGAAGCUGGGGUGAAUCCUGAUUCGUAUUGUUAUGUAGCUUUGAUUGAGGGAAUGUGUAACAAUCACAGGUCUGAUUUGGGAUAUGAGAUGCUCCGACAGUUCAGAAUGACGAAUGUUGUUGUUGAUGUUUAUGUAUAUACUGCGAUUAUUCGCGGGUUUUGUAAUGAAAUGAAAUUAGAUUUAGCCGAGAGUGUGUUUUUGGAGAUGGAAAAGGAAGGGCUUGUUCCUGAUGUGUAUAUUUAUUCUGCGUUGAUCCAUGGUUAUUGUAAGAUCCGUAAUUUGGAUAAAGCUUUAGCGAUACAUGAUAGCAUGAUUUCGAAAGGUAUAGAGACAAAUUGUGUUGUUAUUAGUUGCAUCCUCCAUUGCUUGGAUGAGAUGGGAGAGGCUUCGGAAGUGGUAGCUAGAUUUGAAAAACUCAAGCAAUCGGGUGUGUUUCUUGACGGGGUAGCUUACAAUAUUGUAUUUGAUGCUUUGUGUAAAUUGGGUAAGGUGGACGAUGCAAUAAAAAUGCGGGAAGAUAUUAUCGAUUUAGAUAUCAAACACUACACAACACUUAUCAAUGGGUAUUGUCUUCAGGGUAAACCCGUCGAAGCCCUAAGUUUAUUUAAAGAAAUGGAGGAAAAGGAUUUGAAAACCGACGUCGUUACUUAUAAUGUACUAGUUUCUGGGUUGUUUAAAAACGGCCGUGCUUGUGAGGCGAUUGAUCUUUUGGAAUAUAUGGAUAGUAAAAGUGUGAAGCCGAACUCUCUUACGCACAAAGCGAUCAUUGAAGGUUUGUGUUCGGUUGGCAAGAUUGAAGAAGCCGAGGCAUAUUUUAACGGUUUAAAAGAUAAAAGUGUUGAAACAUACUCCGCUAUGGUUAAUGGAUAUUGUGAAGCCGACCUUAUUGAGAAAUCAUAUGAACUUAACAAAGCUGUUAUGUUGCUAGACGCAAUGUUGAAGAUGAACACAAAGCCUAGCAAAGUAACGUGUUCUAAAAUAUUUACUGCGUUGUGUUACACGGAGAAUAUGAAAUGUGCUCGCUCUUUGUUUAAUUCGUUCGUCGAGAGAGGAUUUACACCCGAUGUUGUAAUUUACACUGUUAUGAUUCAUAGUUAUUGUAAGAUGAAUUGCUUGCAAGAGGCCUAUGAGCUCUUUCAGGAUAUGAAGAUAAGAGGGAUCAAACCUGACGUCAUUGCAUACACAGUUAUACUCGACGGUUUGCUGAAUGGGGGGCACGCGAAGAUAGCAGUGGAGUUGUAUAACGAAAUGUGUUUCGACGGACUGACACCUGGCACAACUUUAAAACGUUGUAUUCAAAAAGCUAUAAAGAUGCAAUUUCAUCGGUAGCUAGUCGUUUUUACUGCUAGUGCUUGGAUUUGUCCCAUGUUUGAAAGUCUAUCGGAUUGAUAUACCUAAAGAAAGAUUGUUCUUGUUUUUACAGACCGGAAAGAGCUAUCUGUGGACGGGCUGACUGGAAGGGCAGAAUAAAGUGUCUUCGAGUGCAACUGGUGGGACGUCGGCUCUCAGUGGCGGUUCUAUGAUAGGGACUUGGGUAUAUAAGGUGUUCAAGUCCUACAUUGAGUAGUAUGGAAUGCUCGGUUAUUCGUCUCGUAGGAGCGCAACAUGAUACUAAUCUCCUGUUUCUUUCUCUUCGCAGCAUAUCUACGGCAUUGUUAUUUGUUUGAUGCAUGUACACGUGUAUUACGCCUCAGCGAAUAUUGUUGCAGAUAUGUCGUUAACAGUAAAAUCAGAGGAUGAGUGACCGUGAAGCUUACGAUGAUCGGGAAACAUAUUCACGAAGUUAUAUUCGCUAUUUGAAUAAAACUCUUAGUUCUGGUGUAAGAGUAGAAGAACCAGGGAAUGAGAAAAAUCAAUCUGGCUAUGGAAUGCAAUUGUGAAGUGGUGAUUGACGCUGAAUUUGAUAGGGAGGACCACAGAUCGAUCUCCCGCAACUAUGAUUGGGAGGAGGUUGGAACUACUUGAUGAUAGAACUGACUCUCGAACUAGAUUAGUCGGUUCAGUGGACCGGAUACUGAUGGUGAAAACUAAAAAAAAAUAAUGUCAUCUUGAUAUUGAGAAAACAAUCCAAAUGAAACCGGCGUGAUAUGACUUUUUGUUUCAAAGUCGAACCAAACCGCAAACACUUCUAUUAUUAACAACCAUUAUUAUUGUUACAAAGAUACUAUUUUACUUUAA